UCAAGUUUGCUACUCGAUAUGCAAAUUAUGUUAAUCACGGAAAUCUACUCCAAAUUAAUUUACCACUUCUUAAAAUCUCAGAGAUUAACCUCUUAAUUCCCUUAUUGUUAAUCUUCGAGACAAAAUCUCACAAAAGGCGCUUAUCAAACAAAAUAAAAUCUCUCAAAAGGCACCUUCUUGUCUGCACCGGCGAUUAUGGCUGCCAAUUUCUGGACUUCAACUCACUACAAACAACUUUUGGAACCAGAAGAGGUAGAUGUUGUGCAGCAACUUGACAGAGAUCGAGGGAUUACUCUGGAAGAUUUCAAGCUCGUCAAGAUGCACAUGUCUAAUUAUAUUACAAAAUUGGCCCAAUUUGUGAAAGUAAGGCAAAGGGUCGUUGCUACUGCCAUUACGUACAUGAGACGUGUUUAUGUCAGCAAGUGUUUGACGGAAUAUGAUCCACGUCUAGUUGCACCAACUUGCUUGUACUUGGCAGCUAAAGCAGAAGAAAGCACUGUACAGGCUAGACUCCUGGUAUUUUACAUCAAAAAAAUGUACCCAGAUGAUACAAGAUAUCGGUUUGAGAUCAAAGAUAUUCUUGAAAUGGAAAUGAAGGUCUUAGAAGCCCUGAACUACUAUUUAGUUGUAUUUCAUCCUUACCGUUCAUUAACUCAAUUUCAUCAAGAUGCUGGUAUGAUGGACCUAAUGCAGUUUACCUGGGGAAUUGUCAAUGACACAUAUAAGAUGGAUCUUAUUCUUAUUCACCCUCCACAUUUGAUUGCGUUGGCUUGCAUAUACAUAGCUAGUGUGUCGAAAGACAAGGAUACUAUCGCAUGGUUUGAAGAGCUCCGAGUUGACAUGAAUGUGGUGAAAAACAUCUCAAUGGAGAUACUAGAUUUUUAUGACAGCAUGAGGAAUGAUAUUGAAGAAAGGAUUGGCGUUGCUUUAAGUAAGCUGCCCCCAAGAGCAUAAUCAUUUAGUCGACAGGUGCUGCUCAGAUUAGUCUCCUGCUUAUGUGCUUGUUGUGUAUUAGAAAAUGCACUUGUUAUCUCUAAGAUGAGCGUGUCGCUGUUGUAUCUAGAAUUUCUUCAAUCUGAUACAUCUGGAUCAUGAUUUUCCUUGUUAAUAUCAACUACUUAAGGCGUAGGACUGCGUGCGUUCAAGCACCUCCUCCAAAACAGCUGGAUGUACUAUCAUUGUUGGGAUGCAUCUGUAAUUAUCAAAAUUUUCCUUUGUAGAUUGAUGCCUUAAAAAAGAGUCAAAUCUAAGAUUUCUAUUGCCAUUGCUUCA